AUGAAACCUUUAUUCAUUUAUCAAAUACCCAACCAUAAAACAUGGUAUAUAGUUAUCACAAAUACUUCAAAACAUUUCUAUUUCAAUAAUGAGAAUAACAGUUCAUACUGGCAAUUGUCAGAUAUAAAGGAGAAGCAUGCUAAUAUUAACAUUGAUCAAUUUAUGCAAGAUGUAGAUUUUGAUGAAAUUGCGUUGUUGGUUGCAAAAUCAAGGGGAUUAAAAACACUGGAAAAAGAACCUAAGCAAGAAGUGGAAGACAAAGAAGAGAAACCUGAGAUCAUUAUACGAAAGGAACAGAAUCUAGGUGAAGAAAAAAAACAAGAAAAUAUCAAGCCUACUGGAAAUGGAUUUGAGGGAUAUUCAUCAAGUUCAGAUGAAGAAGAAGUAGUAGACGAAGAAGAAGGACAAAGCAAAAAAAUCAGUAGAGAUGAAAUCAAAUCAGAUUUUAUAUCAUUCUUAAACUCACAUUCGUCGAAAAUUUCAACAUAUCAGCCGUGGGAUUUAAUAGAAGAUGAUUUAAAAGAAGAAUUAGCUCAGAAUAAGCAAUUUCAACAUUUAACAACUAUAGAAAAAGAAGAAUUAUAUAAAAAUUGGGAUGGUAAACGCGAUCAAACUUUACAACAACCAAAUUUAUAUCCAUCUCCGAAAAUACUAUAUUAUAAAUUACUACAAGAAUUCAAAAAUGAAAUCAAGUCCUCCUAUUAUCAGAUAUUUUACAAUUCCCAUUAUACAGAUAUUAACAACAUAGAAUUAGCAAGCAUAGAGAAGGAAGAAAUUUAUCGAGAAUACAAAAAUUACCUAAUUGA